CGGGGCGGGCCUUUUCGGAGAAGAGAAGCACUCCCGACAGCUUCUGGAGAGUCUCCGGGUUCUCCUAUCCCUGGGCCGAGGGUGUCCGCUCGCAAAUCCCGCAGAGCAGCCGCCGUGCCCGGGGCAGACCCAGGAUGCGACCAGGACAGGCAGGGGGCGCGCGGCCGCUGUUGCAGCUGCAGCUGGUGUUAGCGCUGAGCCAAGGCAUUUUAAAUUGUUUGGCAUACAAUGUUGGUCUCCCAGAAGCAAAAAUAUUUUCUGGUCCUUCAAAUGAACAGUUCGGCUAUUCAGUGCAGCAAUUUAUAAAUCCAAAAGGCAACUGGUUACUGGUUGGUUCACCCUGGAGUGGUUUUCCUGAGAACCGAAUGGGAGAUGUGUACAAAUGUCCUGUUGACCUACCCACUGCCACAUGUGAAAAGCUAAAUUUGCAAACUUCAACAAGCAUGCCAAGUGUGGCGGAGAUGAAAACCAACAUGAGCCUUGGCUUGACCCUCACAAGGAACGUGGGAACUGGAGGAUUUCUCACAUGUGGUCCCCUGUGGGCACAGCAGUGUGGAAAUCAGUAUUACACAACCGGCAUUUGUUCUGAUGUCAAUUCUGAUUUUGAGCUCUUGUCCAGCUUCUCACCUGCCGUUCAGACCUGCCCUUCGCUCAUAGAUGUUGUGGUGGUGUGUGAUGAAUCAAAUAGUAUUUAUCCCUGGGAUGCAGUAAAGAACUUUCUGGAAAAAUUUGUUCAAGGCCUGGAUAUAGGCCCUACGAAAACACAGGUGGGAUUAAUUCAGUAUGCCAAUAAUCCAAGAGUUGUGUUUAACCUGAACACAUUUAAGACCAAAGAUGGCAUGAUUACAGCAACAUCCCAGACAUACCAAUAUGGUGGGGACCUCACAAACACAUUCAAAGCAAUUCAGUUUGCAAGAGAUUUCGCUUAUUCAGCAGCUUCUGGUGGACGUCCAGGUGCUACCAAAGUAAUGGUCGUUGUAACUGAUGGUGAAUCCCAUGACGGGUCGAUGUUGAGAGCUGUGAUUGAUCAGUGUAACAAUGAUAACAUACUGAGGUUUGGCAUAGCAGUUCUCGGGUACUUAAACAGAAAUGCCCUUGAUACUAAAAAUUUAAUAAAAGAAAUCAAAGCAAUUGCCAGUAUUCCAACAGAAAGAUACUUUUUCAACGUGUCUGAUGAGGCAGCUCUACUAGAAAAGGCUGGGACGUUAGGAGAACAAAUUUUCAGCAUUGAAGGUACUGUUCAAGGAGGAGACAACUUCCAAAUGGAAAUGUCGCAAGUGGGAUUCAGUGCAGAUUACUCUCCUCAAAACGAUACUCUGAUGCUAGGUGCAGUAGGAGCUUUUGGCUGGAGCGGGACUGUUGUCCAGGAAACAUCUCGUGGACAUUUGAUCUUUCCUAAGCAAGCCUUUGACCAAAUUCUGCAAGACAGAAAUCACAGUUCAUAUUUAGGUUACUCUGUGGCUGCAAUUUCUACUGAACAAAGUAUCCAUUUUGUUGCUGGUGCUCCUCGGGCAAAUUACACUGGCCAGAUAGUGCUCUACAGCGUGAAUGAGAACGGCAAUGUCACGGUUAUUCAGACUCACAGAGGUGACCAGAUUGGUUCCUACUUUGGGAGUGUGCUGUGUUCGGUUGAUGUGGAUAAAGACACCACCACAGAUGUGCUCUUGGUAGGUGCACCAACGUACAUGAAUGAUCUAAAGAAAGAGGAAGGAAGAGUCUACCUGUUUACUAUCAAAAAGGGCAUUUUGGAUCUGCAGCAGCUCCUGGAAGGGCCCGAGGGCACUGAAAAUGCACGGUUUGGUUCAGCCAUUGCUGCUCUUGCAGACAUCAACAUGGAUGGCUUGAAUGAUGUGAUUGUCGGUUCCCCUUUAGAAAACCAGAACUCUGGAGCUGUGUAUAUCUACAAUGGCCAGCAUGGUCAUCAGAGCACCAUUCACACAAAGUACUCGCAGAAAAUCUUAGGAUCUGAUAGAGCUUUUAGGAGCCAUCUCCAGUACUUUGGGAGGUCCUUGGACGGCUAUGGAGAUUUAAAUGGAGAUUCCAUCACUGAUGUGUCCGUUGGUGCUUUUGGUCAAGUGGUUCAACUCUGGUCACAAAGUAUUGCUGAUGUAACUGUGGAAGCUUCAUUCACACCAGAAAAGAUCACUUUGUUGAACAAGAAUGCUCAGAUACUCCUCAAACUCUGCUUCAGUGCGAAGUUUAGACCUAGUAGGCCAAACAGUCAAGUGGCCAUUGUGUAUAAUAUCACACUUGAUGCAAAUGGAUUUUCCUCCAGAGUAACCUCCAGAGGCUUAUUUAAAGAAAAUAAUGAGAGGUACCUGCAGAAGAAUAUGCUAGUAAACCAAGCACAGAGCUGCUCUGAGCACAUCAUUCACAUCCAGGAGCCCUCUGACGUUGUGAACUCUUUGGACUUGCAUGUGGACAUCAGUCUGGAAAACCCGGGCACUAGCCCUGCCCUGGAAGCCUAUUCUGAGACUGCCAAGGUCUUCAGUAUCCCUUUCUACAAAGACUGUGGUGGUGAUGGGCUUUGCAUCUCAGAUCUGGUUCUCAAUGUCAAGCAGCUGCCAGCUACCCAAGAACAACCUUUUAUUGUCAGCAAUCAAAACAAACGGUUAACAUUUUCAGUAACACUGAAAAAUAAAAAGGAAAGUGCAUACAACACUAGAAUUGUUGCUAAUUUUUCAGAAAACUUGUUUUUUGCUUCAUCUUCCAUGCCGGUUGAUGGAACAGAAGUGACAUGCCAGCUUGCUUCAUCUCAGAAGUCUGUUACCUGCAAUGUAGGCUACCCUGCUUUAAAGAAGCAACAACAGGUGACUUUUACUGUAAACUUUGACUUCAAUCUUCAAAACCUUCAGAAUCAGGCAUCUGUCAGUUUCCAAGCCAUAAGUGAAAGCCAAGAAGAAAACCUGGCAGAUAAUGCAGUCAGCCUCAAAAUACCUCUGCUGUAUGAUGCUGAGAUUCACCUGACAAGAUCCACCAACAUAAAUUUUUAUGAAGUCUCUUCAGAUGGGAAUCUUCCUUCCAUCGUGAACAGUUUUGAAGAUAUUGGUCCGAAAUUCAUCUUCUCCCUAAAGGUAACAACAGGAAGUGUCCCUGUAAGCAUGGCAUCUGUAAUCAUCCAUAUCCCUCAAUACACCAAAGAAAAGAACCCACUGAUGUACCUGACGGGAGUGCACACAGGACAGGCUGGUGACAUCAGUUGUAAUGGAGAAAUAAAUCCACUGAAAAUCGGACAAAUACCUGCUUCUGUAUCUUUCAAGAGUGAGAAUUUCCGGCACACAAAAGAAUUGAACUGCAGAACUGCUUCCUGUAGUAAUAUCACCUGCUGGCUGAAGGACCUCCACGUGAGAGGCGAGUACUUCAUUAAUGUGUCUACCAGGAUUUGGAACUGGACUUUUGCAGCAUCGCCUUUCCAGACAGUACAACUGACAGCAGCUGCAGAGGUUGACACCUACAACCCCCAGAUAUUCGUGAUCGAAGAAAACACCGUCACGGUUCCCCUCAUGAUAAUGAAACCUGACGAGAAAGCUGAAGUGCCAACGGGAGUCAUAAUUGGAAGUAUAAUUGCUGGGAUCCUUUUGCUGUUAGCUCUGGUUGCAAUUUUAUGGAAGCUCGGCUUCUUCAAAAGGAAAUAUGAAAAAAUGACCAAAAACCCCGAGGAGAUGGACGAGAGCACGGAACUCAACAGCUGAACCAGCGGCAGCAUCCCCGCCGGGCUCUGCUGCUGUACACCUGAUGGAUUUCUUUUCAAAUCCUACUUGUUGUUUGUUUUCAAUAAUGACCUGGGGAACCUAGCCUGACAUUUCAAGAAAAACUGCUGGGCAGACUGAAUGUAGAAAUUGUAUGUGGGGUGGGGUACAGGUGUAAGAUUUAUUUUGGGGGGGGGGGAUCUUUAAGCUGGCUGGUCCAAAGAUUACCUUCUAAUGUGUUAUGUCAGGAACAUGAAAGGCUUCCUGGCAUGACAAGUCCUAAAGAAAAACAGACUUUCUCAGACUUAGGGAGGAGUGGGGGAAAGGGCAGGGGAAUGCUCUCAUAAAAGUAGAAGUGCACAGUAUAUGUGUGUGUGUGUGUGUGUGUAUAUAUAUGUGUAUGUGUAUACAUACACAUAUACUAUCACAUUCAUCUUACAUAAUUAUAUCUUAGUAUUUAUUAAAUAUACUAGAUAUUAUAUAUGAUCUACAUCAUAUACUGGUUACUUCCACAAGUAUACAAAAUUGUAAAUAUUGAUGUUACCAAGAGGGUAAGAAACAACACAGGGUGUUUUUAAAGUCAGGCUGCUCCUCUGAGGUCGCUGCAGCAGUGACUUUAUUUAUAAGCGAGGGAAAAUUUGCUCUUUUCUUUCAGCCCACAGCUGCCUCUUCCAAGUCCCACCUUGCUACCUGUGUUAAAACAUGCCUGACUAACCCAGCGGAGGUCAGGAGUAUGCUCUCCUCUAAGCUAGAGGACGGGGCAGUUUAGAAGCCAAGGCACAAAAUACUGCUUAACACCCAUAUAAGAACAGUCAGGAUAACACUCCGCCUUCUGGAAGGCCAGCCUAUGCUAGACAAGGAAGGAAGGAUUUUCUUCUCUUUCAGGCCUCAAUUAGCUGGCAGGAAGAUUUGGAGGAUUUUUGAAAGAUGGGUAAUUUCUCUGGCAGCCUCUCACCUGCAGGUACCCCCACACUAAAGAAGCCAUCACAGCCUGGCUUCCUGGGUAGGGUCCCAAGCCAUCCACCUGCAUUUACCCCUCAUCCAAUCCUCCUCCUCCCCCUGGUGUUUGGGGGCGGGUGUGGGGUCUUCUGUAAAGUCAUGUUUGUUCACAUACCUUUGUGAACUACUGUAUAUGAGCUACGUACCCUCAAGGGAGCUAUUUUCAUAUAUUAGUAAAUAAGAAAAAUUAGCCUGAGGGAAUGCCCAAAUGUUGGAAUUUCUGGCAGUGCAAACAAGACAAAAUAAAACAUCUUGUGAAUUUGCAGGAAGUAGUGGCAGGAGCCUAGGAAGCCACCAAAUUAGCAGGUGCACCUGUGCUUCCUCCCAGAGGAGUGAAUUGCAAAUAGGCAGGUGUGUUCAAAAGGUUAACUUCUUUGGCCCCAACACCCAAGAUUCUAACUUGUUCACUGUGGGACGCGGCUCAAAAAUGAGCAUUUUAACAGUCCCUUCAGUCAUUAAGAUGUGAAUGGAAUGCAUCUUGGGAACCACUACCCAUUUCUGCUUUUCAUUUCCUCUCUAUCUGAGCCCAAACGUUCUCUAGUUUGUGCCAGGGUGACGUGGUGGGCAAGGGCUGUGGUGACUAUGUUGUCAGACGCUGCAUACCUAAACCUUGGACAAGCACUUGGUCUCUAAAAACCUUAGGGUCCUCAUCAUAAACUGGGAAGGCUGGACUGGAGUUAAGCAGCACUUUAAAAAAAAAAAAAAAUCUAUGAUCUGGAUUUCCUAGAAUAUAAAUAGACAGUCUUCAAAAAUGACUUGGAAAGAGGUCAGAGGAAAGCAGGUCUUUGCCUGUUUGCAUGUGGAUAGCUCUGACUGCCCGCCUGGCCCACGUUGGCAGCCCACAGCUAUCUGGACAGUUUAAUGAUUUACUUUGUAUUUGACAAAGCAAGGCAAACAAGAAUUUAAAAGAUAUCAAUUAGCCAUAAAAUGUCAAGGGUUUACAGCAAAAACAGCUUGGUAUUCUCUAGCUGGUUGUGCCAAAGCCCAAUUGUUUUAGCAGCUGUGUGGAUUCACUGUUUCAUUCCAAGAUUUUAUUUUUAAAAAAAUGGAGAAACUUAACUUGAAUAUUUAAUUAACCAUGUAGCUAAUGUAUACAAGGGGCCUUCUGGAAGUUCAUGGAAAAUGUGUAUUAUAAAAAACUAAGGAUUUCAAUGUUACACCAAAAUAACCACUUUUAAUUCCAUUUUCCAAAGUUUUUGAAGUACCUUUGAAUAUAGCUCAUUGGAAAAUUAGUAUGCAUAUGAAGAGUAUAUCAUCCCUUUUUAUUAUUUAGUUUACCUUCUUAGAUAAGCACUAAACAAGGGUCACAUGGAGCUACAGAGCUUUAGCUAGCCUUCGUUUAUAGUAUUAGCCUCCACUACACAUUUCCAUGCAGUAGUGGGAUUAUUAUACACUAAAAAAAAAUUAGCCUAGCCACUUCACUGCACCCCUGACCACACUAGGGCAGGCUUUCUCAACCUUGGUACCAUCAUCACUUCGGAUGUGAUGGUUUUGUUUGUGUAUAGGUGCUGGGGCUUUCCUGUGCCUUAUUGGAUGUUUAGCACUAACUCUGGCCUCCACCUACCUCUGUAGGGCAGUUCCUUCCUCCCGCAGUCAAAUAACAAUUAAAAAAUGUCUGCAGGCAUUACCAACUGACUCUUGGGUCAGGAGUAUUUCUCAAGUAAUUUUAAGCAAAGGUGAAUAGUCAACCAAGAAAUUCAGAGGGGAAAAUAUCAUUUGGAAAAAAAAUUAUGUGCUCCUGUCCAGUCACAUUUUUGUUUGAAAAGUAGAGUACCAGGCUUAAAAGAUAACAAGUUAAAAUUUCCAUUUCAUAAAUGGUCAAAGUCUAUGGAAUAUGAUUAAAAAUUUGAGUUUUUUCAUACAUGGCUACCACACAAACCUUGUAAGAUAGGAAUACAGUCAAGUAGCUUGAUGAAGAAACUUGUAAUUUUAUGUUUUCAUUUUAGCAAACAGAACACAGUGAAAGUAACUGAAAAAAUAAAACCAAUUUAUAAUGGUCAACCAAGUGAUUAUACUAAAAAUUAUAAAGGCAUAAUUUGAUGUAUUUAUCCUGUUAUAAAUUGACAUAAACAGAAGGCAGGAUUCCUUUGAGCUCCUUGACCCAUCUUUAAUAUUUUACUUGCACACUUAUAACGAUUAUAUACAAAACCUCAGGACUAUGCUCUUUGUGUACAUUUAGGCAUGCUCGUUUUAAUCAAAGACUAAAGUUUAAAAUAACAUUAAUUAAAGAAUAGAAAUGUAGCUAUUAUGUAAAUAGUUUCCUAAGUGUAUAUAUUGUAAAACUGUUAGAAUGGCUUAUUUUUAAAGAAAAUUCAAAAAGCUCUUUCCUUCAAACAAUGCAUGUCUUUGAUAACUGUAUUUGCUGUUUUUGCAUUUUUUCUUUCCACAAAAACUGUAAAUUGGAAUGUAUACAUGAUUGUACAUCAAGUUGCACAAUUCCUUUGAUUUCUGAGAAACCAAAUUGGCAUAGCAAUCAAUAAAACUAGUCACUAUUUUCUCUCCUAGAAAAGAAUGAGGUUCUAACAGGAAAGUUAUUUAAUUGUAAAUGACUAUAUAUUAAUUUUAAAAUGUCAUUAACAUUGUUUUGGGAGCAGGCUUCGUGGUACAGUGUGUUAAGCUAUUGCUUGCAAUGUUGGCGUCCCAUUUCAGAGCCUGGCUGCUUUGCUUCCAAUCUGGCUUGCUGCUAAUGUUCGUAAGGCGGCAGUGGAUGAUGGCCCAUUACCUGGGCCCCUGCCACCCAGUGGAGGGAGGGGGGGGCAGCCAGGACGGAGCAUAUGGCUCCAGCCUGGCCCACAUCUAUUUUGGAGUGAACCAGCAGACCGAAAUCACUCUCCCUCCUUCUCUUUUAAAUAUUGAAAAAAAAAGUAGCCUGAAAAGUGUUUCCUUUAGGUUUUGAUUUUUUUUUUUAAUUUGACAGGUAGAGUUAGAGACAGAGAGAGAGAAAGGUCUUCCUUCCGUUGGUUCACUCCCCAAUGGGCCACUGUGGCUGGUGCUGCACCGAUCCGAAGCCAGGCGCUUCUUCCUGGUCUCCCGCGCGGGUGCAAGGGCCCAAACACUUGGGCCAUCCUCCACUGCCCUCUCGGGCCACAGCAGAGAGCUGGACUGGAAAAGGAGCAACCGGGACUAGAACCCAGCGCCCAUAUGGGAUGCUGGUGCCACAGGUGGAGGAUUAACCAAGUGCGCCACAGUGCCGGCCCCUAGGUUUUGAUUUUUACAAGUUACACACUGUACUGUAGUUGUCUUAUACUCACAUUGCUUCAGUACACAAUGAAGACUCAAGGAGACUGAAGAUAUAACUAGCCAGAUUAUCUAGUCUGUUACAGCAGCCAAACCACUGUGACAUGCAAAGGCACAAUCAUAUGUUGUAAUAUGCUGAAAAUUUAAGAUCGACAUCAGGCUGACAGCCUGUCACUGUUGUAUAGAGGACAGAUUAAUGCCUACUCUACCCGGGUGUGCAGUAACAUGUGGCCUUCAUAUCUCUCAUCCGUGUAUCUGGUGCUCUUUCACAUGCCUUCCUGACUAUCUCAAUUGUAGCAAACAGCUCACAAGGGUCAGCUUACUGCAGAACUGUUUUCAGCAAUGUCUGGGAUACGUCUCACCCUCAAGUGCAACGCUGGAGAAAACAGAACAGUGCUGCUGCUUUUCACAGCAGAGAAGACCUGCAAUAAAACUACCCUUUUCUGUUAAUUUGCAAUUUUGUAUUGAAUUUUUAUUCCAAAGUACCUGUUAAAAAGUAAAACCAUUUAAAAAUGCC